AUGACGCUGUAUGAUACGAUGAAUGGCUCUCCCCACUAUCGAAAUCCCAAUGACGGCGAGCUCGACCUCGACCUCGAUGUCCUCGCCAGCGACCAGCUCGAAACUGAGGACAUCAAUCCCAUGAGCUCUUGGACGAUAUGGAGGUCAGGCGGCGUUGGCCUGAGCAGAGUCGUCAUUGCUCCGUUCUUGCCUUUGACGCUGGCGAGCAGCCUGAUGACUUGGUUGAGCACGGCGCUACCUGUCGUCGUUUUGCGAAAAGUGUUCUUCACAGCUACGCGGACGCCCGCUACAUCGCCUCUCAGCUCGAUAAAGGUUUCUCUUGCAAAAACCAGCACAAAAGCAGCUUUUGCUGUGUACGUGGUGUCCUCACUAUCCGUGGCGUUGAUCCAUGCGACAGCGGCCUAUGUUGUGGAACAGAACGACCCAAAGCUUUCUCUUUUCGUCAAAUCAAAAAAACAUCCACACUACCUAAAUGGCCGCCUUGUUUUCUUGCUGUUUACGCAAGUGGCAACGGCGCUGCUUUUUCUUUUCCGCAACAUCAUGUAUGACAGCUCGCAGGGAUCAUGGACGUUGUUCUUGCCUCUCCGGCACUUCUCCCUGAUCAUCCGUGCGUGGUUCCUGGGGUUCACAACCGCCUUCAUUUGGGAAGCCUCGGAAUCAUUGUUUGAGACAAUUGUCUCUGUUCCAGUCACCAUCACUCACCUCACGACAGACCCAAACACAACGCUCGUAUCGGGCGUCUCCUCCUCUGACGUUACGUUCAAAUUCUUCGCUCUCUCCGAGCUCAAAGCAGCUGCAACGGAGGAAACAACAACGGCCAGUGCACGGAGGACAGCAAUAUUCGGAGAUCACGGGAACGGUCCCAAUCUAUGGUACCAAAUCUCCCAAGAAUGCCUCCUCAUCCUCGAGAAUGACUACCAGCACUUUCUCCGUCGUGGGCAGCCUGCACCAGCUGCGGCUAUACCUCCUCCAAUCAAGACAACGCCACUCAGCGACAAGGUGCCUGCAACUCCCGUCCAGGUCAUCCGAGGGCCCAUAUUCCGGUCUGGCGGGAAGACCUCCCCGACCAUCCUCGACGCCUUUGCAGCGGAUGGUCCCAUAGCGAACGCUGUGGAUGCAGGCGCGGAAGCAGUACACGUUCCCGAGAUUUUCAGAUCGUUAGAGGCUAAAUUGCCGUUGAUAGCCGCCGCCAAGACGGGGGAAGAGGUGAAGCCAGACUCGGAUUCGAAGCCGGGGCUCCUGGCGCGGGUGAAAGCGGAGCUCGACACGGUUGUCCGGUCUACAUCUGAAAAGCAUGUUCCUGUCCGUGUGAGGGAUUUGUGGCAGGAGUGGCGGGUGUGGUUGACGGCGGAGAGAACCAGCAAAGUCGCUGACGUGUGUUUACCGUUCAGAGAGCUGGACGUUGUCGCGGUUGAGGUUCUUUCUCACUUGACGUGCGCGUCUUUGGCGGAGGACCGAUACGGUGUUGUGCAACGCGAUAUACCCAAGAUUCUCGAGACGAUGCUGUCUUUCCUCUCAGCCAUCGAGGAAUACCAAGUCGAGCUCAACAAGUUGUACGUUCCUCCAAAUCCGGAAGAGGAACUUUCGCAAAAGGAGAUUUAUGAGAAAGAGCGCAUCCGGGAGGAAGUGGGGAGGGCCGGGGAAGUGCUGAGCUACGUGGGUGAUGGUCUGAAAGACGGGGUAGCGAGGAUUUUGAUGUUCCCUACUCUAUCUAUGAAACAAACUGCUGAUUCGCUAGGAUGCCUGGCCUAUCUUGGACAUGUUUUGAAUGUUGAUGGAUUGAAGUCGGAUACUUGGGGGAUUUUCGGUUGA